AUGAUCAAGAAAUAUAUACUAUGUAUAUUGGCUGUAUUGAUAACCAUAACGAAUUCAAGUUAUGCGUUUCCAGCAGAUUCUAAACCCAUGAGUAAAAGAGCAACAUUGGUACCUACGAGUGUGACAUUUAAAAUUUCAUCAGAAGUAGGAACGAGUAAUACAACAAAAAUUUCUGUUGACGAUGUUAAUAAUUUAAAUGCCGUCGGAAAAUUAGAUAUUGUAAAAAAUGACGGAUCAAACGAUUGUUGUACCGCCUCUGUAAUUAGAACUGAUAAUGGAAAUAUUGCGAUUACCGCUGCACAUUGUCUUUUUGAUUUUAACACUCAGACAUGGAAUUCUGAAGUUUAUUUUUAUCCUGGGUACAACCAUGGACAACAAGGUAAUAUUGGAAAAGUUGCCGCUAAAUCAGGCUAUAUAUACGAUAUUUUUAAGGACAAUCCUGCUCUGUCUGAUUAUGCCUUUAUAAAGCUUGAUUACCCGGAAGGAAGAAAAUUACAAGAUGAUACAGGAGCUUUCGAUUAUGAUCUCGAUAUACCUGGUGAUAUUUAUCCAGUUAAUGUAUUUGGUUAUCCAGUUGAUGGUGACAUGAACUGUCCCAAAGAUGGACAAAAUCUUUGCGAUUACGAAGGACUUUCAUAUGAUAUGCCAAAUGAAGUUCCAAUUAAGUCGUAUAGAGGUAUAACUAUAGACGUUGGUCAUUGCUCAAGUGGGGGUCCUUGGGUAAGAAUUUAUGAUCCAAAUACUAACUCAGGCAAUGUAAUGGGUGUCUCACAAGGUAUAUUAGAUUUGCCUUAUCCUGAUGAAACCGUCGCUUGGUCAUGGACUCGCGAUGAAUUUACACAGAUUUUGAACUUUGCUGAAACUAAUUAA